AGCACCAAGGACUUGUGGGACACAGCUCAUCCCGGCUCCACUCGCUCUGCAGUUCCCAGAGGUGGCGGUUGUGCUAUGAAGGCAGACUCUGCCAAGCUGGCCGACAAGAUGCUGCGCACCCCCAAGUGCUCGAGGUGCCGGAACCAUGGCUUCCUGGUGCCGGUCAGGGGCCAUGCGGGCAAGUGCCACUGGAAGCAGUGCCUCUGUGAGAAGUGCUACCUGAUUACCGAGCGCCAGAAGAUCAUGGCUGAGCAGAAGAUGAUGCUCAAGAGGCAGGCCCCCGAGGAGGAGGAGAAGGUGGCCCUGGGCGCGCAGGGGCUGGAGCUGGCCUCUGGGGCCGUGGCCGCUGGCCCAGGCGCAAGCCUCCGCCCGCUGCCUCCGCUGGCCGCUUCAGGAGGCGCCGAGAGGCCUCCGCGGGGCCCGAGCCCCGGCCCGAGUGCCUUCCGGCCAGUUCUGGGGGGUCGUGGCCACGUGGGGCCGAGCGAGCGAGCUGCUCUGGCGAUGCCCUACCCUGUGCGGCUCCAGCUUGGGGCGGAGGCCGCAGGCAAUGGCCGACUGGAGCUGCCCAGGCCGCUGCUGCCCAUGCCCAGCCCGCCUUUCGCCGACUUCGGGCCCCCACUGAGCAUCAACUCGAAUCGUGUGAUAGGGUCUGAGUACCUGGAGAGAGAGCCUUCCAAGCUGUACCCGAUGCAUCCCUACCGCCCGUUCCCACUGGGCUACCAGGAUGCACCCCCAGCCCCGGGGAUCCCCCUGCAGCCGGGCUUCCGGCAUGUGUCCUGCAGCCACUACCAUGGAGGAGGCUUGGUGUCCGAACCAGUGGGAGACUUCCGGCCAAGCUACUACCCACCGCCCCCGCUCCCAGCUCCACCCCCGCCCCCACCCCCACCAACACCGCUGCAGCCCCAGUUUCUUCCGCCAGGCUUCCUCUCUGCACUCCACGUACUCCCACCGCCGCCACCUCCACCACCUCCACCAUCUUUCUCGCUGACCAUCCUGUCUGAUACAGACAAGGAGAACACUGAUGACCAGGAUGCGGAGGUGCUGGGUGAGCCCAGCCAGCCAUCAUCUCAGGAGCAGUCCGACUAG